CAGAUUAUAUCUUUAAAAUGUUCUACCCUGGGCAAGUUGUAUUACAUGACUAAUCUAUAUAAUAAUUCAUUUACUAGAUUUUACCGGUAGUUGACUUGUGAUAGAAGUGUUUUACGUAUGAUUUUCGACUAAGAUCCGAUUUUCCAUAGAAUAAUUUUUAGAUUUUUCUUUAAAAACGUACACACUUAACAUGUUUUUUUUAAAUUUUAUAAAAAAAAAAAUAGAAUUUGUGUAUUACUGUUAAUAUUUCAUUUAUUAACUUUGAAAUUCAUUUAAAUCUAAGUAAGAGAAGAACAUUGCAGUACUUCACCCAUUUAGUACCCCUUUCUACAGAAUACAAGAAAUACACUCUAACGUGUAAAUCAAAACGAAAUCAUGGGAAAAGUUUGCAUUCAUAUUUUGAUAAUUUUGAUAUGUUUGGUAAAUGAACUAAGAUGCGAAUUUAACGCAACCAAAGUUGGAACAGACAUAGAACCAGCUGUUAUAAUUGAAACGGUAACCAGAGCGCCGUUUUGUGACAAAAAUCUUAUUUCUAAUGACACUGGAAUCUUCGAUAUCGACAUCUUUUACCAUACUGAGGAUAUGUUUGUAAAAAGUCAAGCAGGUAAAGAAAAGGAACCAAGGACUAUUAGUCUAGGUAAAAAUCAAAUACUCAAAGCAUUAGAGAACGCUAUGAUUGGGAUGUGCCCUGGAGAGUACCGGAAAAUAACUGUACCCGCUAAUCACGCCUACGGCAAUAAAGGGAUUCAGAUUCCCGAUGGUAGACAACUGAAACCUCCCGUAACAAUAAUUGUCCAUGCUACACUAAUACAGAUAUUCAGACAGACACAGAAAGAAAUAGAUUCUGCAUUUAAUGUUUGGGAUACUGAUAAUGAUGAUCGUCUUAGCAAACAAGAGCUUUUGAAUAUAUUUAAAGUAUUUAUACAGCUAGUAGGAAAAGACAAGAUGGGGAACCUAGACAAGAUGCUAGAUCAGUGGUUUAGUAUGCUCGAUGUUGAUCAUGAUGGUUUUAUAGCCAAAGACGAAUUUCUUAAAGCAGAACAUAAAGCAGCUGAUCCCAAAUCUGCUGAGAUGAUUCAAAGUUUUGUAAAGCGAUACAUAUCCAUGCAUAAAACCACGUCUUCUACAAGAGACAAGAAAUUAAAAGAUGAAUUAUAA